AUGGCCGAGGGAGCUCCAUCAUCAAUCACCACAGGUUGGAGAUCUUUGACAGACGAGACAGACAGUUCGCAACAGACGCCAGCUACUGUAUCGUCUCACAGCUGCCCCAACAUCUUCUGCCUCCCCAUCUCGCCAUGGACAAAAACAGAAGCCCAUCAGACAUCUACAACAUCCGAAUCAAGCACACGCUCAAGCUCGAGCACAACCACCUCGAGCACAGCCUCCAACCCCAGCAGCACAGCCGCAAGCGCCUGUCUCCAACAACAACAACAAGGCUCUCCAAGCAAAACACCGGCCUCUACCAUGCGAUUCAACUUCACCGACGCCUGCGACGCGGACACCCCCGCGGCCGAAGACUGCCGCGUCACGCUCUCCUGCGACACGUCCCUCGGGCUGUACCCGACCUGCAGCGAGCGCGGACGAUGCGAGUGUCUCUCCAGAGAGUGUUUCCGGAAAUCCAUGUGCGAGGACUUACGGCAGUGUCGAGACUACGACGAGGCUGUCUGCAUGAAAGAGAACAGCAGCAGCACCAGCAUUGGAGUCUGUGGAUGUCGGCCCCGAGUGACGGGGUGCUUGUUCCAGGAGAGUCCGCAUCGGUGCAAAAUACUCGGCCAACUCGCCAAUGAACGACUGGAAUAG